GGGAGUGCCGGCUUCGGAAUCUCGGCCGCCGUCUGGGGGCUGAGGCGGCGCGGGCACGCGUGCGCAGUGUGCGGACUGGCCGUCGUGGGCGCCGCUCCGGCAGCUCGGUGGCUGUGGGAGCCGGGGCCGCGGCGGCGUGGGUGCUGCGGGCGGAGGGCCGACGUGAAGUUGGGCGUGAGGAGCGCGGCCGCACCGGGGCGGGGUGGGCGGGGCCGGGCUCUGGGAGCGCCGCGCCGGCUGAGGCGAUCGGGGAGGCGGCCGAGCGUCCGCCGAGGAGCCGGCGGGCGCUGUGUAAUGUUCAGGCUCAGAAAUGCCUUAUGUGGAUCGUCAGAAUCGCAUUUGUGGUUUUCUAGACAUUGAGGAAAAUGAAAACAGUGGGAAAUUCCUUCGAAGGUACUUCAUACUGGAUACCAGAGAAGAUAGUUUUGUAUGGUACAUGGAUAAUCCACAGAACUUACCUUCUGGAUCAUCACGUGUGGGAGCCAUUAAACUUACCUACAUUUCAAAGGUCAGCGAUGCAACUAAGCUAAGGCCAAAGGCUGAGUUCUGUUUUGUUAUGAAUGCAGGGAUGAGGAAAUACUUCCUACAAGCUAAUGAUCAGCAAGACCUAGUAGAAUGGGUAAACGUGUUGAACAAAGCUAUAAAAAUUACAGUACCAAAGCAGUCAGACUCACAGCUUCAUUCUGAUAACCUCAGUCGCCAGAGUGAAUGUGGGAAGAAGCAAGUGUCUUACAGAACUGACAUUGUUGGGGGCGUGCCCAUCAUUACCCCAACUCAGAAAGAAGAAGUAAACGAAUGUGGCGAAAGUAUUGACAGAAAUAAUUUGAAACGGUCACAGAGCCAUCUUCCCUACUUUGCUCCUAAGCCACCUCCAGACAGCGCAGUCAUCAAAGCUGGGUAUUGUGUAAAGCAGGGAGCAGUGAUGAAAAACUGGAAGAGAAGAUAUUUUCAAUUGGAUGAAAACACAAUAGGCUACUUCAAAUCUGAACUGGAAAAGGAACCUCUCCGCGUAAUACCACUUAAAGAGGUUCAUAAAGUCCAGGAAUGUAAGCAGAGUGACAUAAUGAUGAGAGACAAUCUCUUUGAAAUUGUAACAUCGUCUCGAACUUUCUAUGUGCAGGCUGAUAGCCCUGAAGAGAUGCACAGUUGGAUUAAAGCAGUCUCUGGUGCCAUUGUAGCGCAGCGGGGACCUGGCCGAUCAGCAUCUUCUAUGCGGCAGGCCAGAAGGCUGUCGAAUCCUUGUAUACAGAGGAGCAUCCCAGCUGUCCUCCAGACCCCAAGCACGCUUUCCGCUCUGCCAGCGCCGCAGCCGCCGCCUCCCUUUGCACGGCCUCUCGCAGCAACUCUUUGGUCUCAAGCUUUACCGUGGAGAAGCGAGGAUUUUACGAAUCUCUUGCCAAGGUCAAGCCAGGGAACUUCAAGGUCCAGACUGUCUCUCCAAGAGAACCAGCUUCCAAAGUGACUGAACGCGCUCCGCUCAAACCUCCAAGUAAAACUGGCCCUCAGGAUAAAGAUUGUGACCCGGUGGACUUGGAUGAUGCAAGCCUUCCGGUCAGUGACGUGUAAGACGAAGCACGCGCCCCCCCCCCCGCCCCCUCCUCCUCCCCAGCCCCUGUUUCCUCUCACGAGGCUUCUAGCCAAAGAUGAUAAAGGGUGAAAUGGUUUUUAAUACAUAGAUUAUACUGCCUCUUAGAUGUACUCUUCAUAAGCUGGUAAACCAAGGAUCUCGGGAGUGGCCAAACGAAAUGUAAUUUCCUUAAAACAAAACAAAACAAAACACAACGAACGAACGAAAGAAAAAAACCUAAGUGUUUCAGUAUCAACUGUCUGAAGCUUCGUGUGCUCUCGCUUGGGUGAUGAAAAUGUGUGCGUGGUAUUUUUUUUCCUAGGGAAUUCGACAAUUUAAAUGUUUCACCACGUAAAACAUUAAAAAUGCUUAUUAAUUAUUUUGGUUGUUUUUAAAAUGCUACUUUGACUUCCUAUUAGAUGCUUGAUAUUUACACAUUCUUACUGGUUAAUAUUAUUGAAUGAAAUAUGGUCAGACUAAGGUAACUGAAAUCAUGAUGUCUGUGGUGCUGUAAAAUUUAUACUACGACGUGGACAGUUUGGAAAUGAUCACCACUUUUGAUGCUCUGGUUAUGAAGGUGAGUAGCAAGUUUUGCCGCAGAGAUUAUCACCGGACCGUUUAGCGAGGGUUGGAGGUUGCCCAGGGGGGUCGGAGGGGGGGGGGGGGAAACUAAUUCAGACAACUGUAUCUUGGACAUGUGUUUGAAAAAGCUUAGGACCUUAAGCAAUCAUUGCUUUGUGAAAUGGUGAAAAUGACUUGGUGUGAAAUUUCUGGGAGAUCUGAUUUUCUUAUCAAGGUUUUAUAAAUAGUUCUUCUUUCUAUAUUUGGAUCAGUGAAAGACUGUGAGUUUGUAUGUGAAGACAUAACUGCCCUUAGUCAUGCCUCUCCUUUUGUCACUAAUCACAUUCAAGUGCCUGUGUCUUCUCAUCUUGCUUGAGAACGUUGUCAGAUGAACGUGCUCAAAAGUCCUAUGUGAUUGGUUUUAAACAUUGAGAUAAAAUUAAUUGUCACUAGCAUAGUUUUUUGUGUUAAGUAAGAUAUCAUCUUAUGUUUGAGAUGCCAGAAUGCUUUUAUUCUACUGCCUGUGCAAUAUUCGUGUUUUAAAACACACAUUUGAGUAUACAUUUAAUCACGGGGACGUCAUCAGUGUAAGCACCGCUCUGAGAAAUCCUUAGUUUCAAGUGUUGAAUAAUAGACGAGUUUGAGGUAUCGUCUUUAUGGUUGAUUCUUAAAUGUUUGCUUUAAGAAAAUAGUCUUGAAUCUCACAUGCUGCUGUUUUUAUGAUACUUUGCCAUCUUACUGUGCCGUUUUGUUUUGGAAUUCAUACGUGUCACUGCUUCCCCUUUUCAUUUUCUAAGAUGACUCUUGUUUGAGAAAGAGAGGGAGAGAUUUCCUGCUCCAGCAGUGGGGUCCAGAGUUUACUAUUUAUUGCAUUGGAAUUGUCAUAGAAUCAGUUUAAAAAUCCAAAAGCGUCAAGUGUGCCACUCAACUUUUUUUAUUCAUAAGCUAAUAUUUCGAAAAGGCACAUUUCGAUUGUUUCCUUUUUUGCAGCUAUAUUCGAAAAUGGUAGAAUGGAAAGGUUUUAAGUAGUUGUCACUUUUUCUGAUGAUAUGCCCAUUUCAGUGGCUCUUUUGAAGGUUACUCUUUCAUGAACAUACCUAAGAAAUCUUGUGUAGACAGUUUGCAAUAUUCAGGAGCCUAACGCUUUUUUCUUUGGUACAGCUUCUACGUUGCAUGUUUAUUUUAGCAUAUUUUGGUAUUGGUAAUUUGAUAUAUUUCAUAGUGGCAAAAUAUUAGCUCUAUUUUGGGACUUUUUAUAGAACUACCCCUCAUAUUCAGUAGCGUAGGAAAAUGUUCUUGUGAUUGUCAGGGUCUCCUAAUAUUUAUCUCAAUACUUUUAUAAUUCUAUGAAAAUUAUUUAAUUAUUUUAAAACUUAUACUUUUCUUGUAAAUAUGUCACCUCUGAAUUGUCAGAAAAUUACUUUGAAUACCUUAAUAUUUGCUGCAUUUUUUUUUUCUGUAUAUAGAACACGUCUUCUUUCAGAAUGGGAAUAUACACGUGCUUCCCAGUGUUUACUUUUACGUCUGCUACUUUAUAAUGUCAAACUGGUAUGAACACUGUAAUGAUUUGAAAAUAAACUUCAAAUUCUAACUUA